UGACCAGCUCAUCAUCAUUUGUGCUUUGAACUUCUUAAGUGUAAAUUGCUCGAUUGCUUCUGCUCGAGAAAAUUUCGUGAAACCCAAAAACCAAAACAAACGAAAAUGAAAUUCUUCAUUCUGUUGGCCUUGGCCCUUGUGGGCAUUGCUGCUGGAGCUCAGUUGCCCGACUCCGCCACCCAAGGACCCAAUCCCCAGGAUAUUGCUACUCCCGAGCCGGAAUACAUUGAUAUCGACGAGCCCGCACCAGUGGCUGCUGCUCCUGCUCCUCGUCCUGUGGCCGCUGCUCCUCGUCCUGUUUUCGCUGCCCCUGCUCCCCUGGCUCGCCCUGUUGCUCGUCCUGUGGCCGUGGCCCAGUCUUUCGUCCAGCAGCCCGUCCAGCAGCAGAUCGUCCAAAGAGCCCAGUAUGUGGCUCCAGCGGUUCAGCAGCAGGUGGUGGUGCCACAGCAGCAGCAGCUGGUGGGUCACACCUACAGUAGCAGGGCCGGCUACCAGUACCGCCGUCCAGUCUAUCAUUAACAAAUACCUAAAUCAAACACACAUUACCACGCACUGAUCCCCACUAUCAAACUAUCCAACUACCAAACUAUCGUAUUUAAAACUAUCCUAAUCCUAGAACGAAACCAUCAAAGAAACGACCAACAAGAACAAGCCAAGAUCAAAAGCAUAAAGAGCGAAGUACAAAGAGACAAAUGAUGUUCUAAAGACAAAGAUCGAAAAACGAAGUAUUCAGUUAUUGUUGAAUUGCCAAGUAAAGUACGAAUAAAUAAACGUAAAUUAUUUGUAAAAA